UCUCCGGAGCUGCUUGUAAUUCCUACGCUUUCGUGCCAGUGCUCGCAGCUGUCUCGCGCUCCUCGGUCGCUGACAAUCGCCGAGCAACAACGAACCGGGGACUUUACCGUGAGCUCUAACCCGACGGAUGUAACUUUUUUAGGUACUGUGGUACAUGGGACAUGUUAAUGGAGUCGGAUACACGGCGACACCUGACGUGAUUGACUUUGCCGCUUUUUUUUACACUGACUGAAACCUGUUCAACUGUUAGACACUGUAGGAAUGUGGGAUAGAAGUCACUGUAAAGCUCCUGCCACUCCCUGACACCAUGACAACCGAGGUGAACCUGUCUUCUCUCCUCAACAUCUCCGACGUCCACAACAUGAGCAGAGGUUGCUCUCUCACCAGGACGGGCUUCCAGUUCUACUACCUCCCCACGGUCUACAUCCUGGUGUUCCUCACCGGCCUGGUGGGGAACAGCCUGGCCAUCUGGAUGUUCGUGUGCCACAUGCCCUGGAGCGGCAUCUCUGUGUACAUGUUCAACCUGGCCCUGGCAGAUUUCUGCUACGUCCUGUCCCUGCCCUUCCUCAUUUUCUACUACUUCAACAAGACGGACUGGAUCUUCGGGGACGUGAUGUGUCGCCUGCAGCGCUUCAUUCACGUCAACCUGUACGGCAGCAUCCUGUUCCUCACCUGCAUCAGCGUUCACCGCUACACGGUGGUCCACCCGCUCAAGUCCCUGGGACGGCUCAAGAAGAAGAACGCUGUGGCGACCAGCGCGCUGGUGUGGCUGGUGGUGGUGGUGGGCAUCUCCCCCAUCCUGUACUACUCUCGCACGGGGUCCAAGAACGCCACCACCUGCUACGACACCACCACGGAGGAUGAGCUCCCGGGGUACUUCAUCUACAGCAUGUGCAUGACCGUGUUCGGCUUCUGCCUGCCCUUCGUCAUCAUCCUCGGUUGCUACGGCAUGAUCGUCAAGGCGCUGAUCUGCAACGACAUGAACAACUCUCCGCUGCGACGCAAAUCCAUCCACCUGGUGAUCAUCGUGCUGGCCGUGUUCGCUGUGUCCUACCUGCCGUUCCACGUCAAGAACCUCAACAUGCGGGCGCGCCUGUUCUUCCAGGGCCCGGACAUGUGUGACUUCAACAACCGCGUCUACGCCACCUACCAGGUGACCCGAGGGCUGGCCAGCCUGAACAGCUGCGUGGACCCCAUCCUCUACUUCCUGGCUGGAGACACGUUCAGGAGGAAGCUGUCACGGGCGACCAGGAAGACC